AAUGUCACCAAACAUGGGCUACUACCUGAGUUCUUUUGUUUUCUUCCUCCUUGCCUUUGUGACUUAUACUUAUGCUGCCACUAUCGAGGUCCGAAACAAUUGCCCGUACACCGUUUGGGCGGCAUCAACUCCGAUAGGCGGAGGCAGACGACUCAAUCGGGGCCAAACGUGGGUCAUCAAUGCACCGAGGGGCACUAAGAUGGCACGUAUAUGGGGCCGGACAGGUUGCAACUUCAAUGCUGCAGGCAGAGGCUCGUGUCAGACCGGCGAUUGUGGUGGAGUCUUGCAGUGCACUGGGUGGGGCAAACCACCAAACACCCUGGCCGAAUACGCCUUGGACCAAUUCAGUAACCUAGAUUUCUGGGACAUUUCUUUGGUCGAUGGAUUCAACAUUCCAAUGACUUUUGCCCCAACCAAACCUAGUGGUGGAAAAUGCCACGCGAUCCAUUGCACGGCCAAUAUAAAUGGUGAAUGCCCUCGCGCCCUUAAGGUGCCCGGAGGAUGCAACAACCCUUGUACCACGUUCGGAGGACAACAAUAUUGUUGCACCCAAGGUCCAUGUGGUCCUACAGAGUUGUCAAAAUUUUUCAAGAAAAGAUGUCCUAAUGCCUAUAGCUACCCACAAGAUGAUCCUACUAGCACAUUUACUUGUCCUGGUGGUAGUACAAACUAUAGGGUUGUCUUUUGUCCUAAUGGUGUUGCUGAUCCAAAUUUCCCCUUGGAGAUGCCUACAAGUACUGAUGAAGUUGCUAAGUAAAUUUGAGUCUUUUACUUUGUUUAAAUUGCUUCUAGUGGUCAAGUGAUCUUUGCUGUAACAAAACCCAAGGCCUGAAUAAGAGUCACAUCACACAUUCAUUA